UCGCCCCAGGCGGCCCAGGCUGCAGCGCCGGAGCCAGAGACGGCUGGACGCCUGGAGGAGCGCGGAGCCCGGGAGGCGGCCCGCGUCCCCGCCGGACUCUCGUGACUGUCUAGAGCCCGGCCGCGCUGCGAAGUCGAGGACUUGGCUCUGCCGAAUCUCCCGGCGUCUGGGCGAGCGGGGCGGCUCGUGGUGUUUCUAACCCGGUUCGUGGAUUCAAACGUGGCUCCGCGCCGAGCACGGCCGGCGACUUCUAGGACCCCAGCCCUGGCCGUGGCCGCCGCGCACGCCCUCGGAAGACUCGGCGGGGUGGGGGCGCGGGGGUCCCCGAGUGCGCCGCGGGAGGGCCGAAGACUGAUUUGGAAGGGCGUCCCCGGAGCACCAGUCUGGGAUUUACUGUGAACAGCAUGGAGGAAAAUGACCCCAAGCCCGGUGAAGCGUCGGCCGCGGCGGUGGAGGGACAGCGGCAGCUGGAAUCCAGCCCCGGCGGUGGCUCGGGCGGCGGCGGCGGCGGCGGCGGCGGCAGCAGCAGUCCGGGCGAAGCGGACACCGGGCACCGGCGACCUCUGAUGCUGCCCGCGGUCCUGCAGGCGCCCGGCAACCACCAGCACCCGCACCGCAUCACCAACUUCUUCAUCGACAACAUCCUGCGGCCCGAGUUCGGCCGGCGCAAGGACGCGGGGACCUGCUGUGCGGGCGCGGGAGGAGGAAGGGGCGGCGGAGCCGGCGGCGAAGGCAGCGCGAGCGGUGCGGAGGGAGGCGGUGGCACGGGCGGCUCCGAGCAGCUCUUGGGGUCCGGCUCCCGAGAGCCCCGGCAGAACCCGUCGUGUGCGCCCGGGGCUGGCGGGCAGCUACCCGCCGCCGGCAGCGACUCUCCGGGGGACGGGGAAGGCGGCUCCAAGACACUGUCGCUGCUUGGUGGCGCCAAGAAAGGCGGCGACCCUGGCGGCCCCCUGGACGGGGCGCUCAAGGCCCGCGGCUUGGGCGGCGGCGACCUGUCGGUGAGCUCGGACUCGGACAGCUCGCAAGCCGGCGCCACCCUGGGUGCGCAGCCCAUGCUCUGGCCGGCCUGGGUCUACUGUACGCGCUACUCUGACCGGCCUUCUUCAGGUCCCAGGUCUCGAAAACCAAAGAAGAAGAACCCGAACAAAGAGGACAAGCGGCCGCGCACGGCCUUCACCGCCGAGCAGCUGCAGAGGCUCAAGGCUGAGUUUCAGACCAACAGGUACCUGACGGAGCAGCGGCGCCAGAGCCUGGCGCAGGAGCUCAGCCUCAACGAGUCCCAGAUCAAGAUCUGGUUCCAGAACAAGCGCGCCAAGAUCAAGAAGGCCACGGGCAACAAGAACACGCUGGCCGUGCACCUCAUGGCACAGGGCCUGUACAAUCACUCCACCACGGCCAAGGAGGGCAAGUCGGACAGCGAGUAGGGCGAGGGUGGAGGCCAGGUCUCAGUCCGCGCGAAACAAUGCAAUAAUUGAAAAUCACAAAGGGCCAGUGUAUAAAGAUUCUACCAGCAUUAACAGUGAAAAUAUCGUGUGUUCGCUAAGGUUCUGCAAUAUUCUAUGUAUAUAUAAUUUACAGGCGUUAUAAAAUCCAAAAUAUCUGACUAUAAAAUAUUUUUUGAGUUUUUUGUGUUUAUGAGAUUAUGCUAAUUUUAUGGUUUUUUUUUUUCUUUUUUGCGAAGGGGGCUGCUUAGGGUUUCAUCUUUUUUUAAUCCCCUAAGCUCCAUUAUAUGACAUUGGACACUUUUUUAUUAUUUCAAAAGAAAAAAAAUUAAAACAACUUGCUGAAGUCCAAA